AUGGACGGGGGCAACGAGGAGGACCGCUCGGGCACCGCACCAUUGCCGCCCAGCUCGAGACCCUUCCAUCACCAACAGCAACAUGAUCCCCGUCAGCACCACCACCAUAACCACAACCAUAACCACAGCCACUACCAGCAGCAUUACAAUUACGAACUUGACGACGACGCCUUCACACCACCCGCCGCUGCCUCCACCAUACAACACUUCGAUCGAAACCCCAACCGCCCCGAAGUCGAGACUUAUGCCGCCGCCAAUCUCCAGGCCGUAGCCGCCAAUGCUGCUGCUGUCGCCUACCCAAACUCCGACUUUUCCAACGCGGCACCCCCCGAAAGUCCUUCCGAACCCGACGACUUCUAUCGCGAUCACAGAAGCCGACCGGCCGACUCGAUGGCUUCGGCUGCCCUCCCGCAGCAUCACCACACCCUCCCACGCACUCACAACAUCGCGCAUUCCCGACAAACAUCCGCCACCGCGCGUGCAGAUUCGUACGGUACCUCGAUUGUAUCCAAACAUGGGCAAAAUGGGCUUGCCGCAGGCCACAGCGGACCCCGGUCCACAUACCGCUCCGCUUCCAUGCCCAUAGAUGAUAGACCGUCCAAGCCAACUGCCGGUGCCUACGGCCCUUCGAAGCAGCCAAGUGUGAAGGAUCUGAAGAAGCGCUUCGACCAAGCAGUAGCGGAACCGUCACAGGGCAAGGUUAUACGUCAGCCAGGAACUCGGCUCGUCUCCAAAGAUGGCUCGUCCGCCACUGCACGUGGCCGACUUGGCGGUCCGCCGGGGACCUACCUUACUCUCAGGACCUCAGUUGACCGCGAUGCUGGGUCCUUUUCCACAAGGUCCAGUUCCAGGCAGAAAUAUGUGGAGGAGGAUCAACUUUCCAGCAAUGCCAAAUCUUUCGCGAGCAGGAUGAGGCCGAAAGCAGCUAGUACUGCAACCAGCACUCUUGCGCAGGCUGCCAAGGCUGUAUCCCCUCCCCCUGUCAGAUCACCAAGUGUCCCAGCGACGUCACCUCGGUCUGCGCGACCGGCUGGUCUACUAUUCGGAGAGAUACUGCCACAGGAUGACGGCUCACGCACUGUGGGUUAUGGUAUUGACGAGAUGACCACUAGAUCUCUACGAACCUCCGAGCAACAAGCCCAUGAGCUUACUUCACCUGACCGCGCCUCUCAAGAUGAUGGCGAACCAGAGUCCCCCGCUGAAUGGUACCGCAGAUCAUCCAAAGGCUCGAGGAUACCGACGUCUGUUCAUGUCAGGACACAAAGCGAUACUUCAGCCAACAAGUCGCCCAUUUCGGGGAACCGACGUCCGGCCUCUCGACAAAAUCGAAACUCGACAUCGUCGCAAGCAUCGCAAGCAUCAUCGCUCUCGUCUCGUCUUCCGGUCUCGGUGAAAAAGUUGGGCGAAUCACCAACCCAAAGCAGUCCGUCAACCCGUGCUAACUCACCUUCCCAACCUCUUCCGGCCAGUGGGAGAUCCUCCAGGCAGCAUGGCAUCCGCGCCAAAACGCCAACGACACGGUCAACCACACCCACCAGCAAACGCUCGAACCACAGUACGCCGACAACAUCAUCACGAAGACCUGCGCCCAACAAGAUCGCCACCCCUAGUAAUCAAGGGAACACCCGGCUAGCAGCCUACAUAUCUGCUCCGCCGCCCAAGCUAUCACCCCCACUGCGAAGUUCACGCCCGCGGCAGCCUGUUUCGAGCGCCAGUACGGCGAGCUCUCGUCUGAAAGCUGUCGAACGUUCCUCUGCCAACAAAAGAUUAGGGCAUGAUGACGAGCCCAACGGUCGCAGGCGCAAGAUAGACGUUGGUCCAAUCGACUUUGCGCAACGCAGGGAGACGAUCAAGCUCGCAUAUAGCAAAUCGAUUCGAGAGUCUCAGGCCCGCGAGGCAAGACAAGCUGCUGCGGCGAGGCGAAAGGAACAGAUGGAAGCAGCAGCGAAAGCAAAAGCGGAAGCCGAAAAGGCCUUGCAGAUGCGUGCGGACGCGUCUUCUGCGAAACAGCCACCAGAGCGGGAAUCCCCAUUCACUCGUGCAGACCUGCCAGCUCCUGGUGAACAAGGUUCUGCCGUAGACAGCGGCUUGGGCUCUUCGGAGCCUUCUUCAAGGCUCGUCACGUCUGAAGACAAGACGGAUGCGGAUGCCACUGCGGCGGAUGUACCAUCCAAGUUUCCCGAUCUCGAGAUUCCAGGGAGCUUUCCCAGCUUUGGUUCCCCUGACUUGGCGCAAGAGGAAGUGCCUAUGUCGGCUAUUUCGAACACUUCCGUGAUCACCGAGUUCGACGACGAGCCGCAGACGGAGCCCCCUGUAUCGAUAGGUCAGACUUCGGGCUUAGGUAUUCAACUGCCUUCUGCACAGCCUGAUGCAGUUUACGAAAAGGCCAUCUAUCAAUCGCCAUUCGAAGAUGACCGUGUAGAGGGCGCGGUUCAAUCCACGAUUGAUGCGACACAGGACUUACCGUAUGCUCAUGAGCCUUCCAACAAUUCUGCGCCCACAACCACAGAACCCGAGAGAGGAAGCGCAUCCGAAGCUGAGCUUCUUUCGGGAUCCCAGCAUAUGGAAGACAUACCUAUUCUGAUACAAGAUCAAGACCCAAAGAGUUUGGUCAAGCCAGUAGUCAAAGAUGAUGCGAUCGCACAACAGGACUUGCCAGCAGAACAAACACCACCAACCGCUAGCCAUCAAAUACCCGAGUACGAGCCUGGGCCGUUUGUACCCCAAUCUCAGCCCACAACGGUGACCAUUCUUAGCCGUGGGUCCUCUGACUUCUUGCCGCCUGUGCAAACAAAUUUUCGAACUGAUGUUGUCCGUGAUUCGGAAGGACCCAGUCAGUCACCGCAGAUGGACAGUCUGGAGGACUUCUAUAUUGGCGGCCCACACCUGCGAGAUAACAUCUCCGCCCUACGAGAUUCGACCUUCAUGUCGUCUGAAGCCUCGGACGAGCACAUGACAUCUUCUGCUGAGGCACAAAGAACGCCCGACACUUCCAGAAGCUUGACAAUCCCUGGCUUAAUAUCACCGGCGAAUCGGACAAGUCAACACUCGGCAUGGACUGACUUCUCGCUUGAAAGCUCCGAUGCUGGACGCGAGCGCACUUCUAAAUCCGGGAUGAAUGUCAUCAGCCGCGACUCCACAGUGAGGGGGCGCCCGCCGAUGUUCGAUUCCAGGCCAGAUUCUUAUGCCAGUGACCACAGGAGUGAAGACCAUGGAUACAACUCCGAUGUGCCGAGAGCGGAUGGGCGUAGCACGGGCACAUUUCAGCUGGAAAGACAUGAGCUCCCAGAGCUUGACACAGGUGAUGGAUUUACCAUGGAUUACGUAUCGCCUUCCGCCAAGCGUUCGUCGGUGCCCGGUCAACCUGACCAUGAACCACCGCCAAUACCGACUCCUGACAAUCGUUCCGUUCAAGAGGGCCGUCGAACACCAUCGAGUAGUUACUACGACCAGACUCGACCUAAUAGCUACCUACAAAGCGUCCCUGACGAUGAGUUCGGCGGAUCGCGCCGGGAGAGCGAGGAGUUUACGCAGCCAACUUUCACCCCGCACUCAACUGGCCACGCGUCCCUCGAUAGCACGGGGAUUGGCUUUAGCAGGACAACGACGCUUGAGGUCGAUCAAAAGACAGCCUUGGCCGACGAUGUCAAAGACCAAACGAGCGCCCAAGCUGGUGCCAGUGGAAAGGAAAGGAACCGCCUUGUGCAACGCCAGAACGUUGUCAAGGAGCUUAUCGACACGGAGGGAUCGUUUGUCAGGGAUAUGAACGUUAUCGAAGAAAUCUACAAGGGAACCGCCGAGGCCUGUCCGAAACUCGACAACAAGACGAUCAAGCUCAUCUUUCGAAACACGGACGAGAUCAUCGCUUUCCAUACUGCGUUCCACAUAGAAUUGAAGGAGGCGGUGGCGUCCGUGUAUAGUCCCAAAGGUCGACGGUCACCGCUUUCCAGGGAGAGCAAGGAAGAUCCUAUCUCGGAUUCAAUGACUGUUCGCUCAAAUGGCUCCUGCUCGAAAGAUGGCCGUGAUACAAACAUGGAGCCCGACGACGGCAAAGAUCGGCAAACAUCCAUUGGACCUGUUUUCGUCAAGGGUAUCGAACAGAUGCGUGUUGUCCAUGAAAGUUUUCUGCGGACCAGUGACCCAGCCGCGAAGCGUCUGAUUCAGAUACAGGAAGACCCAGCGGUUCAGGUUUGGUUGAGCGAGUGUAACGAGGCUGCCAGGGAUCUCACGGCCGCAUGGAAUCUGGACUCGCUCCUGAUCAAGCCAAUGCAGCGCAUCACCAAGUACCCGAACUUGAUCAGUCAGCUUCUUCAAUAUACACCCGAGGAUCAUCCGGAUCGAGAAGCGCUAAUAUCCGCUCGCAACGCACUCGAGACUGCUAUUCUUGACAUCAACAAAACGAAGAAGAAUUUUGAGCUCGUGGGGCAGAUCGUGGGCCGCAAGCGCAAGGAGUCCGACGUUCGAGCAGGCUUCGCCCGGGCCUUUGGGAAGCGUGUCGACAAGCUGCAGGCUGCCGCAAUUCGCGUUGAGGAGGAUACGGAGUACAAGGCGCUUCAGGAAAAAUUCGGGGAUGAUUACUUGCGACUUCAGGUCGUCCUUCGAGAUGUCGAGUUUUAUACCCGCAAAGUAUCAGAAUACGUGCACGAGUUCCUCCAGUAUCUUUCCGCUAUGGAGCUUGUCAUGCGACUCCAGCCGUCGCCCUUUCCUGAAAUUGAGAGCAAAUGGGCCCGCUUCAACGUGUCGAUGCGAGAUAUGGAGAAGGUCGCCUUGGAUCAGCAUCUCGCACAAGUACGAAAGCAUGUCAUAGAACCGUUCGAGCUGGUGAUUCGAUGCUACAAUCAUCCGUCCUUGGCCAUGAAGAAGCGGGCAAAACGCCGUCUCGACUUCGAGAGGGCGGAACAGCUCAAGAAGGCAGGCAAGAAGGUAGAUAAGCAGCUGAGCGAGCUGGUCGAGCAAUACGAGGCCCUGAACGAGACAUUGAAGAAAGAAUUGCCAAAGCUGUCGGCCCACACCGAAAAGAUAGGUAACAUCUGUCUCGGGAACUUUGUCUGCAUCCAGGUCAAAUGGUUCUCGAUAUGGAAAGAUAAGGUCAAGGCCGUUCUCGACGACAAACAUGUGCCGGAGAUGUCUGAGGUGGUUGCCUCAUUUCAUAGGGAGUUCAAGUCGAUGGAGGAGCAGAUCGCCAGCAUCGGCAUUAUCAACCCCAGUCUAAAGCCGAGGACGUCUCAGUCAACGACAGACGAUGGCAUGUCACGAAUCAAAUCUAGGCCCUCUGAACUCACGACUCGCUCUAGAGGACUGUCUAUAAACGACAUGGUACCGACUAUACCGACACCUGAUUUUGUCAGAGCCAAUAACGGACAUAAUAUUACAUCGCCUACUGUGACGUCUCCGACGUCGUCAUCUCACCACUACUACUACUACAAAGAACAGCACUCGGGACUGAAUGGCCAUGGGCAGUCUAGAUACGCUGUACCAGCUUCUCCCAGCCACAACAGCAGUCUCUCUGGCGCUCCUCCUCGGCCGCCCACAAGUCGCAGUUAUGAUUCCGGACCGUCACAUCGCCCAAGCGUGGACUCCACAGCACCAAUCAUGGGGUCGUUGCAACAAAGACGGGAUUCGGGCUCUACAUAUGCCACCAACUAUGCUUCAUCCGAGCAGCGAGACCGACGGUUCUCAGGACUGUUUAGCUCAGCCAUGCCGCCCGAGGAGGCGGAGGAGCGCCAGUUGAGGUCACGACAGCCAUCACAAAGACCUUCUCGGGCUUCAUCCCGCGAGCGACCCGCGAUAAACGGGUACAAUGUCAUGUUCCUCGCCGCAUCUCUUUUUGAGUUUAAUAUUGAAGAUACAAAGCACGAGGCCGGGUAUCCUUAUCUGACGUACCAAGCCGGUGAGAUAUUCGAUGUUAUUGCAGAAAAAGGCGAGCUAUGGCUCGCCAAGAACCAGGACGACCCCGCGAAAGUCGUCGGGUGGAUUUGGUCAAAGCAUUUUGCGAAGCUUGCAGACCCAUAG